CUGAAGCUUGUUCAGGCACCGGAAGAAGCAUUUUGAUGUAACCAGUAUCUCAAAGAUGGCGGCGUUGGUGGCUCCUCGCCUGGCCCUGUUUGGCUCUUUUUCAGCAAGGCCCAUUUCAGUAUUUGCUGUACAACACAAAGGUCUGCACAGCAGUGCUAAAGGCGAUAAUGCCAGCACAAGUGUGGUGCCUGUCAGAGAGAGGAGCACAGCAGUAGCAGCAGCCAAACCAGCAUCUAUAGCCAGCAGCAAGGGGGAGUAUGUUGUCACCAAGCUGGAUGACCUGGUGAACUGGGCACGCAGGAGCUCUUUGUGGCCCAUGACCUUUGGCCUGGCAUGCUGUGCAGUAGAGAUGAUGCACAUGGCAGCUCCCCGUUACGACAUGGAUCGCUUCGGGGUCGUGUUCAGAGCAAGUCCCAGACAGGCUGACGUCAUGAUUGUUGCAGGAACAUUGACUAAUAAAAUGGCUCCAGCUCUGCGGAAGGUGUAUGACCAGAUGCCUGAACCCAGAUACGUCAUCUCCAUGGGAAGCUGUGCUAAUGGAGGAGGUUACUACCACUACUCCUACGCUGUGGUCAGAGGCUGCGACCGAAUCGUACCAGUGGACAUUUACGUUCCAGGUUGUCCUCCUACUGCAGAAGCUCUCCUCUAUGGGACUUUACAGCUGCAGAGGAAGAUCAAGCGAGAGAAGAAGAUAAGGAUCUGGUAUAGGAAGUGAAGGUGUAAUGUAUAUCUGUGUGUAAAUGUUGUAUUUCUGGUUGCAUGGAGCGUUGCUCCUCCUCCAUGUAGAGCUGCAAUAUCUUCAAUAAAGUCAUUAUUGUAAUUUAUACCCUCCUACUUGUUUUCAACCAACCACUCUGCAGCCACUCAGUUUAGGUUUAUGUUGCUUUAAAUCAGCAUCAUUAUUCUGACAGUGUUGCUUGCUUCUUCUGCAAGAAUUUAAAACAGCAGUUUUAAAUAUGAUUCAGGUUUAGGUAGUCAUAAAUGAUCUGUUUGUUAUUUAUGAUAACUGAAUUAGACAUAAUUACUACAUGAGUGGCUCACCACGGUGUUAUGUUAUUUUCAAUAAACUGGGCUUUUUGAAAACA